AUGGAGUAUCGAGUGAUCCAGAGAGUGAUGAAUACCGAGCGAGGCAUUCCCAGCCAGUGUGUUACGGCACGGGUGGUCCGGCGUACAAAUUCCCAGGCGCUGACGAGCAUGUGCCUCAAGAUCAAUGCCAAAUUAGGUGUACACGAUACGAAGUUUCUUGAAGGAGCGCUGCCUCUGGUGCACGAAGAGCCUACGAUUGCGAUCAGCACACAUAUCUCCUAUCCGAGGUUCAACAAAGGCAGAGACCCUGCGAUCUCGUUUGUGGUGGUUUCACUGGAUCGGCAUUCGUCCGCGUAUGCUGCCCGCUGGUCAGUUCAAGAUGGAUGGACCCAGUGA